AUGGAUGGUACACCUACUAUUUCCUUCUCCAGCAUCGGAAGUAGUAAUGCCAUAAAUGGGGUAAGCAAUGGCAUUCUAGAGUCCAUUUCAAAGUUUACAAAUGCAUUCGCAUCUCCUGCCCCAAACGAAAACGAUAACGGGGAAGAGGAGGAGGACGAGUUAAAUGUGAAGGAGCCGAUUUCGUCCAACUCGUCGCCAAUAUUGACGGAACCAUUCUUCCCAGGCAACGCUAAAUCCAUGUCUUUUGAGCCGAAUUAUUCAUCAAUUUUUUUCAAUCCCGAUGCCUCCAAUUCUAUCAUCGAAGACAAAAUAAUCCAAGAUCAUUCGAAAAAAGAAGUCGAGGUUACUUUGACCCGUCUCAUUAAGGCGAUUGAAAAGCUUCAAAAAGACAUUACCAUGAUUAAUCGGAUCAUCUCCGCACCCCCAUGGUACAUUCGAAUCUACAAUUUUCUUAAACAAUCUCCGAACAAGCUUUUAAUAAAGGUAGGCGCUACUAUUAUCUCAACUCCAGAUUUUAAUUGGAAGCUGCAGUACUUGUCUCAUUUGGAACUUGUUAAAAUAUGUUGUUUUUAUUCAAAAGAGAAAUAUAUAAUUAAAUUUAUAUACAUACACAUAUAG